CCAUAUUAUUGUUCCCUAAUAAUAGGUGAUUGAUGAAUGGCGCUGAUUAGUGGUCACUAAUUACAAAAUUAAUUACACUGAAACAAUGUUUUCUUUUUGGUUGUUGUUAUGACAGAUAAAAGAGAAGAAAACGAUAGGUGAGGAUUACAAAAGCAAGAAAAAAGCACCAACGUUGUGUAGUAGAGUAGUAGAGUAGUAGAGUACUAUAGAGUGGUGGUUGUUGCAGAGACAGAGUAGUAGUAGCACUAGCAACAACAGCUUCUUGUCGCUCGUGCGGUGUUGUUCUUGUUCUUGUUCUUCUUUCUCUUGUUGCUAUUUUCAAUCACAAAUCUCGAGGCUAAUUUGUAGAGGUGACAAGAGACAACACUUUUUCUUCUUCCGCCAUUUUCUCUUGUGUCUUGAACCAGGGUACUGCCACCUAUAUCUUCAUCUUUUGAUUCGGUUCAUUGCACUUAUUACUUAAUUACUUAAUUAUAUAGUUUGAGUUUUGGAAUUAAGGGGUCCUUAAUAUCUGGAGUGUCGGUGUUAAAGUUGAAUUUUUUUUAUCUUUUGCUUAGUAUUUACAAGAUGGGUCACUUUGUUCUUUGAGGUUUUGAUUUUUGAGUAGUUUAUGUUAUCUGGUUUUGGGAUUAGUUUUUUAAUAUUAAUUAAUAUUUUUUUAAUUUAAGUAUUGGGAUUCUGGUGAUGAGGUUUUUUACAACAUGCAAAAACCUCUUUUCAUUGGUGGUUGUUUUUUGAGGCUGUUUCUUGGUUCCUCGUACUUGGUCUUUCUGUUUGUAGUUUUAACAUAAUCAGAGAGAGAUUUUCGGUCCGUUGAUUUUGGGGGGGUUUCAUAUUUAAGGGAAAGUUUUGGGAAGAGAAGAUAGAUACAUUUUCUUUUUUCCUUUUUCAUGUUGUGUGAGGAACUGAGGAUUAUUACAAGAUAUGCUGAUGAUCUCUGAUGAAGGAGAUAAUGAUAUGUUCUUUGACUCAUUGGAUCGUUUGUCGCCUCCUCGAGAAUCUCUUUCGACUAUAAAAGAUUUUGGGUAUGAGAUUUGGUUGAAUGAGCCUCUUAGUGUGAAGGAAAGAAAGGAACAAUUUCUACAAGUGAUGGGUCUUGUUGAUGAUUCUUCUAAGUCUUGUGAGGAGAGGAUCAUCGAUUGCAGUCAAGAGGAAUCGAGUGGUUGCAUUUUGCCUUCAGGAAAUGAAGCCACUUCUGAUGCACAAGUCUUGUUUGAUCCUAAAGACGAGGACGAUGAUGAUAAAUCAGAUGCGACUGUUGAUGGAACGGAACAUGAGGUAAGAAAUAGAGAAUCUGAGAUUCCAGAAGAAUUUCAUGGGACUGAUAUUGGUAAAAAUAAAAAGAAAAAAUGGUGGAAGCAAUUUGUUAACAGUGGGAGAAUAGCUGGAGAGAUAGUUAGAUCAAAAUUUAGUAAUGCAGGUACGAAUAAAACUCAUCGAAUCAAUGUAAGGCAAAAUAAGAAAAGCUGGAAUGAGUUCAGUGCUGUGUAUAUUGGACAAGAGAUUAGAGCACACAAAGGUUUAAUUUGGACUAUGAAAUUUAGUCCUAAUGGUCAGUAUCUAGCUACCGGAGGUGAAGAUGGUGUUGUUCGUAUAUGGCGUGUGUCGUCGCUGAAGGCUUCAAGUAUUUGGUUUGCUAAAGAAGACAGUGCUGUUAGCAAAUUGAGACAUGACUUGUCUUUUUCUCCGAAGAAAUGCUCGGGUGAAUCUCCCGCUGUUCUUCCAAGUAAGAUUCUCAAAAUUGAAGAAUCUCCUCUUCAAGAACUAUAUGGUCAUUCCAGUGAUGUGAUGGAUUUGGCUUGGUCUGAUUCAGAUAUGCUCCUUUCCUCGUCAAUGGAUAAAACAGUCCGCAUGUGGAAAGUCGGUUGCAAUCGAUGUUUGAAAGUUUUCCAUCACAAAGAUUAUGUUACAUGCAUUCAUUUCAACCCGGUUGAUGAAAAUUACUUCAUCAGUGGCUCCAUAGAUGGUAAAGUCCGAGUAUGGGGCGUACAUGAAGAACGAGUUGUUGACUGGGCAGACAUACGAGAUGUCAUAAGUGCUAUAAGUUACCAGCCAGAUGGGAAGGGGUUUGUAGUUGGUUCCCUUUCCGGUACUUGCCGAUUUUAUGUUGCUUCAGGUAAACAAUUCGAGCUUGAGACGAAGAUUCGUGUCAAUGAAAAGAAGAAGAGAUCAGCUGGCAACAAGAUUACUGGCAUUCAGUUUUCCGAGAAAAACCAUCAGAGAGUUAUGAUCACAUCACGAGAUUCCAAAGUUAGAAUACUGGAAGGCGGUGAACUUGUUCAGACAUAUAAAGGCCUUCCAAUGUCAGGAGGUCAGAUGUCAGGUUCAUUUACAUCAAAUGGAAAACACAUAAUUUCUGUCGGAGAGGACUCUCGUGUGUAUAUUUGGAACUUCAAUGACUCGGGAAACUAUUUUUCCAAACAGAGAAAAACCGAGAGUUCUUGCGAGUACUUUCGCUCCAAGGGGGUUACCGUCGCAAUACCUUGGUCAGGAAUGACUGCAGAAACAGGCUGCACUCUCAGCGAUUUUUCCGACUAUUCUUCCAUAAAGAAACGCCAAUACGUUAGAGAGUCGGAACGUUUUUCUUUUGGUAGUUGGUUCUCCCUUGAUGGUUCGUGCCGAGGUUCUAUGACAUGGCCCGAAGAGAAACUUGCAAGUUGGGAUUCACCUCUUUCAGAAGAUGAAUUUUAUGAUGAGGAGCUAUGUCUUAAAAAUCUAUGGGAUGACAAUGGUGUACCAGAAACAUGGGGAUUAUCCGUUGUUGCAGCCGGCCUUGACGGAACCAUCAAAACAUUUCACAACUUUGGAUUUCCUGUUAGGCUAUAAAACUGUCACUCAUGGCAACUCGAUGCAUGUUUGGUAACAGGUACAUCGAGAUUCACUCCUGACGUGAAGUAUCCUCGCGAUAUUGUCAGUUUCCAAACACACACUCCUUCAAAUUCAAAGCUCUUUGAAUUUUUCCUUUUCAUAUAAGGAGUUUUCAAAUUCAAGGCCUUGAGUUCCUAAUUUAAUCCUCGCGAUAUUGAAGCAUGGUGCUUAGCUAGAACCUAGAAGUAGGAUUUUGGUCAUAGGUAAAUUCAUGUUAGAUGCCAAAUUUUCUGACAUGUUUUGAGGAUUUGUGGCCUGCUUGUAGAGUCAGGUCACAAAAUCUUGCCACUUUUUUUUUGUUUUAACAUUUUUUGUGUGAAUAUCAGUUAACUUAUACAAUAGAUACAAAUUUAUAAAAAAAAAAUUUAUUGAAGUUUUGUUCUUUGAUAUGAGCUUGUGUGGAUUGUAGUUUAAGAGUACUUUGUUAGCUUUGCUUGUAGUAACAGAUUAUUAGCAUUUUUUUGGUGUAUUAAAUUAAAUGAAAAAUAGUAAAAUGUUAUGAA